GGGUUAUAGGAAAAACAUCUCAAACAUCAUUUGCAUAAUUUUCUUCUUAGCUUAUUUUUUCCUGUCAUCACUGUCAUGGCCAGAAAGAAGGUCAAACUUGCAUACAUAACUUGUAACUCGAAGAGGAGGGAAACAUUCAGAAAGAGGAAAUCGGGUAUAAUCAAGAAAGUGAAUGAAAUCAGCACUCUUUGUGGGAUAGAAGCAUGUGCAAUAAUCUAUGAUAGAAACAAUCCUCAACCAGAGGUUUGGCCAUCAGAUGUCGGAGUCAAAAAUGUUUUGUUCAAGUUUAGGAGUUUGCCUGAACUUGAACGAAGCAAAAAGAUGGUGGAUCAAGAAGCUUUCUUGAGGCAAAGCAUAGCGAAAAUCUACGAGCAGUUGAAGAAACAAAGGGAGGAAACCAGAAAGAAGGAAAUGACCAAUAUCAUUCAUCAUUACAUUCAAAGUGGUGAAUUUAAUGCUAUGAAUUUAAUGAGCAAACACGAUCUCAAUGAUUUGUCUUCUUUUAUAGAUGAAAAUCUGAAGGAAAUCGAGCAAACGAUGAAAGGAGUGCCAACCGAAGUGCGAGAGGAGGUCAGAAAUGGAGCUGAAGUGAUGAAUGGAAGAGAGGUGGUGCAUGAAAAUAUUAAUCAUGUCCAUGGGCAGGUGAAUGGAGGAAAUGAACAACUAGCAAAUAUGGGUCAGUUUGUCCAAGGAAAUGAGAACAACAUUGGUGAUGAAAUGCCACUUAAUUUCCCACAAUGGCCUAUGGAUUUUUCCAUGUUUCAAUUUCCAUUUAUUAACGAUGGUCCAAAUGGAUUUUAAUUUCUAGUUCAUAAUUUCAUUCAAUAACAGUUUCAAAUUCUCUUCCAAUGUGUAGUAGUGUCUUACAAAAUAUUUUUCAUAAAAAAUGUGACCGCUAUACAAUGGAAGACGAUGUGAAUCUUUUCAACAGUUUUUUUUAGUAUAAUAAGGAGUCAUUUUUCUGUCAUUAUUUGGAUUUUUUGUUUGUUCCUUUUGGUUUGACAGUUGGUCUUGGUCAGUGUUUGUUUC